CGGCCCGGCCCCUUCUACUCCGGCAGCUCCCGCCCUCGGCUGGGCCAAACUUUUUCUCCGGUCCCACUCUCCUCCGCAGUAGACUUACUCCUACUUCUCGUACUGUCCCCGUCCUCUUCUUUCCUCCACCCGGAGGGAGGGCGGGGGGUAAGAGCACACUCACAGACUCACACACUCACACUCACUCACACACGGGCAUGCAUCAGUCCUCGGGCCAGGCUGCGGGCACCCGGUUCCCGGGGUCCGGGACAGGGAGCGGAGCGCCCCAAGACGGGCGGGGGCGAGCGUGAGCGGCUAUCCCGCCCUCUUCCAUAAUGAACGAGUGCCACUAUGAUAAACGCAUGGACUUUUUCUAUAACAUGAGCAACACUGAUACUGCCGAUGAAUGGACAGGGACCAAGCUCAUGAUUGUUCUCUGCUUUGGAACUUUCUUCUGUCUAUUUAUCUUCAUUUCCAAUUCUCUGGUCAUCGCUGCUGUGGUAAAGAACAGAAAGUUUCACUUCCCCUUUUACUACCUGCUGGCCAACCUCGCUGCCGCAGACUUUUUUGCCGGCAUUGCCUAUGUGUUCCUCAUGUUCAACACUGGACCCGUUUCCAAAACAUUGACCGUCAACCGUUGGUUUCUGCGCCAGGGGCUCCUGGACACCAGCUUGACGGCCUCUCUAACAAAUCUGCUGGUCAUUGCAGUGGAGAGGCACAUGUCCAUCAUGAGAAUGAGAGUCCAUAGCAAUCUGACCAAGAAAAGGGUGACCCUGCUGAUCCUGAUUAUCUGGGCUAUCGCAAUAUUCAUGGGGGCAGUUCCCACGCUUGGCUGGAACUGCCUGUGUGACAUCUCUACUUGCUCUUCCUUGGCUCCCAUUUAUAGCAGGAGUUAUCUCAUUUUCUGGACAGUAUCCAACCUGGUGGCCUUCCUUAUCAUGGUGGUGGUGUACCUGCGUAUCUACAUGUAUGUGAAGAGGAAAACCAAUGUCUUGUCUCCGCACACGAGUGGGUCCAUCAGCCGCCGGAGGACCCCAAUGAAGCUCAUGAAGACAGUUAUGACUGUCUUAGGAGCUUUUGUUGUGUGCUGGACCCCUGGGUUAGUCGUCCUGCUCCUCGAUGGCCUGAAUUGUACUGGUUGUGGUGUACAGCACGUCAAAAGGUGGUUCCUGCUGCUGGCCCUGCUGAACUCCGUCAUGAAUCCGAUCAUUUAUUCCUACAAAGAUGAAGAAAUGUACAGCACCAUGAGGCGGAUGAUCUGCUGUUGUUCUCAGGGGGAAAGUCCAGAGAGGAGGUCUUCCAGAAUCCCAUCCACGGUCUUGAGCAGGAGCAAUGACACCUCUAGCCAAUGUAUAGAAGACAGUAUUAAUCAGGGCACCAUAUGUAAUAAAGGGCACGCCUGAGCUUGGGACUCACCUUGUAUCUACCCUGAAUGGGGAAACCCUUGGCCCCCAGCUCCUGAGAUUUCCCCCCCCUUUCAUUCUUUCUAACGUCUGAAUGAUACUCACCACACAGAGGAAAUCCCUUAGAAAAAUAGAUUUAAGAAUGGUUAUUUGUCUUUAAUAGACAUCAAGUACCAUAUCAUUUGAAGUCUUAAUAAAUCAGUGUAGUUUUAAAGGCAUACAAAGUAUGCUAUAAAAAGAGGACACAAGCCAUUUAGAAAAUGCCCUGAGAGGAGUAAAUGAUAGAGUGGAAUCAUGUUUAUUGUUACAUUUUCUACCCCUCCAGUGCAUUUUUGUGUCCUGGGAAGUUGUGCUUUUUAACUAGUUUCUUUAUAUUUUCUAAGGAUGGAGGCAAGAGACUUUAGGCUGGGAAUACUUCAUCUAGUCUAUGAUCCUUAGAUUUUUCAAGGGGGUAUGGGGCAAGAAUGGCAAAUAAUUAUGUUUUUUUAAGCUCCAUGUAACUCAUUUCCUUUGUAAUUCUAUGUAUUUUAUUUUAUGUGUUAAAAAACAGGAUUCUAAAAAGGGGUCCAUAAGUCUUAGCAGACUGCCAACAGGUUCAUCACACACAUAUACACAUACAAGAAUGCCUUCUUCAAGCCAUCGACCCAUUUUCUCUAUCUGCUUGCCAAACCCAUGUAAAUACAUAUAACAUAUAUAAAUAUAUAUAUAUUUCAGUGCUUGAACAUAAUUCUACAAAUGAAACUGUACCAGCAGCUGAACUUUUAAUAGGAACCCUACCUACAGUGAGAAUCAGUAUAGACCCCAAGUAGAAGCUUCUAUUCUUUGCUUUAAUUAAAACUUAAACAUUAAGUUUUGGGUUCUAAUGGAUUGCUUAACUGAAAUUGUAAAUCUUUUAAAAUAGAAAUUACUUUUAGUUAGCAUGCAUGUGUGUUUGCACAUGUGUAUAUAUGUGUAUCUAUACACACACACACACACACACACACACACACACAUAUAUAUAUAUGUAUGUAUUUAGAUUUUUUAAUCUAAAUACCAGGCCACCCAGCUUAGGGGACCUUAUACAUUCUGCAGCAUGAUUCACCCUCAGUAGUCUAAGAAACAAGGGUUGUAACCAGCAGACUCCCCAGCAAUGUGCCUUCAGUGAAGGAGAAUGAAAAUGAUGCUGGACAUCAAGAUGGAUCCAUUUCUUUCAGGGUCCCCUCUGAUUCAAGGUCUUGGGAGUCUCACUUAUUCCCCCAACCGAAGGCCCUCUUUCCAGAUGGCAAUUUUGAAAUCACCAUCUUUCCUGAGUCUCUCAGGAUACUCCUUUACCCCUCCCAUUUUGCAGUAGACUGCAGACAAGCUUCAAGUGGUUGCUUUACCUGUGGACUGAAUUCCGAUCAGGGAUAGAUUCUGAGUUUUUUCUUCUUCGAUGAGCCCAGUAUGCCUUGUACCAAGUCAGUUUGUUACAAAGUCUGGAGCAUUUAAAGCAGAGUAGGCCAUAGGCACAAUUUUUAUAGAUAUAAAAGCAUUCUGAUUUUUUAAAAGUAUAAUGUUAAGUUAGCUGUCAUAGUAUUCAUGUGGUUUGCAUAAGAAGUUUACAUUUUGGGGGCAUGGAUGAGCAAAAACUUCCAGGAAGGAGAAGAUUUUAAAGUGAUUUUCUUAGAUGAUCUAAUAAAGAGAGAAUGUUCUGAUCCCAAGGUGUAGACCACUACCUAGCCUGCCCCUUCCCCCAAAAAAACCAGAUACAGGGAGUUUGUGAAAUCAUUUACAAAUCUACCCUUCCUUCUUCCCUUUCCCAACCCCCCCAAUAAAAUAUGACUUCUUCAAA